CGGGGGCGGGGCAAGAGAGAAGACUGGACUAGGGACCGUUCAGCUGCCCAAAGCAUCCGCUGGGGUGGACCUGGCCGGAGCCCCGGACCUCUCGCGCUUCGUGUCCGUUCCUGGCGCCUGCACAGCGGGUAAUGAGACCGCUCGGAGAGGGACUCUGGUUCUGCUAAGCGGACCCGCAAACCCGGAAAAGCGCGCAGCACAUCUCAGAGUUAGACCCCGCUGGACCCCGGACGCCCGGGCUGGCGCGGCCGGCAUGUCGGAUGCGCGGAAGGGGCCGGACGAGGCGGACGACGGCCAGUGCGACUCCGGCAUAGAGUCGCUGCGCUCUCUGCGCUCCUUGCCCGAGCCUGCUGCGUCCCCAGGCUCCGGACCAUCGCACAGAGGCUGUCCACAGCCCUGGAGCCAUCCUCCAGAGACCCACAAGGAACCAGGGGAGAAAGAAGAUGCAGAUGGAGAGCGGGCGGACUCCACCUAUGCUUCCUCCUCUCUCACUGAGUCCUUGCCCUUGCUGGGGAGACCUGAAGUGGAGGACCCGGCCCCAGACUCACCGCUGCCCCACACGGAGGUACUGAGUCCUCAGCAACUCGAAGCGCUCACAUACAUCUCUGAGGAUGGAGACACGCUGCUCCACUUGGCCGUGAUUCACGAAGCCCCGGCAGUGCUGUUCUGUUGCCUGGCUUUCCUGCCCCAGGAAGUCCUGGACAUUCAGAACAACCUUUACCAGACAGCACUCCAUCUGGCCGUGCACCUGGACCAGCCCGAUAUCGUCCGGGCGCUGGUGCUGAAGGGAGCCAGCCGAAUACUCCAGGACCAGCAUGGUGAUACAGCCCUGCAUGUAGCCUGCCGGCGCCAGAAUCUGGCCUGCGCCUGCUGCCUGCUGAAGGAGCAGCCAGAGCCAGGAAGGGAGCCCUCUCACCCCCUGGACCUCCAGCUGAAGAACUGGCAAGGUCUGGCCUGUCUCCACAUCGCCACAUUGCAGAGAAACCAAGCACUCAUAGAACUGCUGCUUCAGAAUGGAGCCGACAUUGACGCACAGGAGGCCACCAGUGGAAAGACUGCCCUGCACCUGGCCGUGGAAACCCAGGAGCGCAGCCUGGUACAGUUCCUGCUCCGGGCUGGUGCCCGGGUGGAUGCCCGCAUGCUCAAUGGGUGCACACCUCUGCACCUGGCAGCUGGCCGGGGCCUCAACAGUAUCUCCUCCGCUCUUUGUGAGGCUGGUGCCGACUCCCUGCUGCUGAAUGUAGAAGAUGAGACACCCCAGGACCUGGCUGAGGAUCUCCUUUCUUAUUUGCCCUUUGAUGACCUGAAAAUCUCCGGGAAACCACUGCUGUGUACUGACUGAAGUCUGGACAGGGGGGGUUCCACCCCUUCACACCUGGAAGCUGGAGCCACAGCUGCUGCAGCUGGGGCCCAAGCAACGCGCCCCUCUGCUGAGGCCGGAGCCUGGGGCUAGUGUAGUCCUAAAAUGAGAGGAAGGAUUGCAAAUGAGGAAGAACCACUCUGGAAGGAAGAGCUUCCCAGGUGGUCAGGAUGGAGAGUCUUGAAAGACCCUCCAACCCCAGGUAUCCCGAGUGAAGCCUGCUUGCUCCUGUGGAAGAUGGCACGGGCUGAAGUUGCCAACCAUCAGGAAAAGAGGGAUGAGCAAACGGGACCCUGAGGGGUCUUGCCUAAAACUCCUUUGUGAGUGAGCUUGGGACUGGGGGUUGAACCUGGCGCCCCCAGUUGGUAGGCAAGCUUACUAUGAUGUAGCUCUAUCCCCAAGCCUCUCUUUACUUUGAAUUUUGUGGCGGGUCUCACGGAGUGGCCUGAGAUGGCCUGGAACUCACUCUAUAGCAAGCAGUCCUUGUACUAGGAUCCUUCUGUCUCAGGCUCCCGAGUAGCUGGGAAUAUAGGUUUGGUGGCAGUGAGCCUGGGAAAACACACUUAUCUAAAGACUUCAUGCAUAAGGCUCCCAACUGAGCCUUUGGGAAGGGAUAAUUCUGUAACAUGACACUAAGAGAGAGACUUUAAAAAAAAAAAUGUUUCCCUUCUGCAGUUGUAUUCGUAAGCAGACCUGACCUGUGAUCCUGAGGUCAAGGCAGAGAGAAGGAAACUGGCCCCUGAGCAAGGGGAGUUAGAGCCUUGCUGGGUAGGGUAGGAGAACUGAGAGUUCUCAGGCCUGUUUCCUGCCAGCACAGACACAUCUCCUUCAUGUGGCACUGCCCAGGAAUGGAGAGUGAGAAGGAGGAAUAUGGAGCCGUGUCCCUGAAGAAGCCUGGGGACGUAGAGGACAAGAGAACUACAGCUCUACUUUUCUUCCCUUAGAUGCCACACUGAGGGCGCUGCUAGGUCAGGCCCAUGACUGCCAUGAAGAACAAGAGGAAAUAAGCCAACAUAGUUUCUGAUGCUUAGCGCUUAUAAACUCUAAGCAAGUGCAUCCUGUGAGUGAGACAGCUAUUAAAAUUAUAAACAACUAAA